CGCGGCCGCCGGAGCAGCUCCCGCGGCGGAGCCGGAGCCGGAUGGUCAGAGGAGCCCGGCAGCCCCAGCAGCCGCGGAGUCGCCUGGCCCCCAGACUGACUGGCACAGUGGAGAAACCACCUCGAAAACGGAAAAGCAGUUUCAGUCUGCUGUUUUUCUGGGAAGACAAAUGAUAUGUUCAGGAUCCUGCUUCUGAUAAUGAAUAAACUUUCCAAUCCUGUCCUUUUUGAAACUGUGCCAUGCUAGCAUAAUAUAUACUUUGCAGUUGUAUCCUCUCCACUGGAUUAUAAACCAGCAGGACUGAAUUUGCACUUAAAGAAAUCAUGUCCUCUGGAGGUGCUGAAGAUGACAUCCCCCAGGGAGAGAGGAAAACCGUGACAGAUUUCUGUUACCUUCUGGAUAAAUCUAAGCAGCUGUUCAAUGGGCUAAGGGAUUUGCCACAAUAUGGGCAGAAGCAGUGGCAGUCCUACUUUGGAAGAACUUUUGAUGUUUACACCAAACUCUGGAAGUUCCAGCAGCAGCAUCGACAAGUCUUGGAUAAUCGAUACGGCUUGAAGCGAUGGCAAAUAGGGGAAAUUGCUUCUAAGAUUGGGCAGCUGUACUACCAUUAUUACCUACGCACAUCUGAGACCAGCUACCUGAAUGAGGCGUUCUCAUUCUAUUCUGCAAUCAGACAGAGGUCGUAUUAUUCCCAAGUCAAUAAGGAGGACAGACCUGAGUUAGUAGUCAAGAAACUACGAUACUACGCAAGAUUUAUAGUAGUUUGUCUUCUUCUCAACAAAAUGGAUGUUGUGAAGGAUCUGGUAAAGGAAUUGUCAGACGAAAUUGAGGAUUAUACUCACCGUUUUAAUACUGAAGAUCAAGUGGAAUGGAACCUGGUGCUUCAAGAGGUAGCAGCUUUCAUUGAGGCUGACCCUGUAAUGGUAUUAAACGAUGAUAAUACUAUUGUCAUCACAUCAAACCGCCUCGCCGAGACAGGAGCCCCAUUGCUGGAACAGGGCAUGAUUGUGGGACAGUUGUCUCUGGCCGACGCACUCAUUAUUGGUAAUUGUAACAACCAGGUGAAGUUCAGUGAACUAACUGUAGACAUGUUCCGGAUGUUACAAGCCCUGGAAAGGGAGCCAAUGAAUUUAGCUUCCCAGAUGAAUAAGCCAGGGAUGCAGGAAUCUGCCGACAAGCCUACAAGACGAGAAAACCCUCACAAGUAUCUGCUCUACAAACCAACCUUCAGCCAGUUAUACACAUUCUUAGCAGCCUCUUUUAAGGAGCUGCCUGCCAAUAGCGUGCUUCUGAUUUACCUGUCAGCCACUGGCGUUUUCCCCACAGGUCGUUCUGAUAGUGAAGGUCCGUAUGAUUUUGGAGGGGUACUAACUAAUAGUAACCGGGAUAUUAUAAAUGGAGAUGCUAUCCACAAACGAAAUCAGUCCCACAAGGAAAUGCACUGCCUCCAUCCUGGGGAUCUCUACCCUUUCACAAGGAAGCCCCUGUUUAUCAUUGUGGACUCAUCCAACAGCGUCGCUUACAAGAAUUUCACAAACUUAUUUGGACAGCCUCUAGUCUGCUUGCUUUCUCCUACAGCAUAUCCGAAAGCUUUGCAAGAUCAGUCUCAACGAGGCAGCCUCUUCACUCUCUUUUUGAACAAUCCGCUAAUGGCCUUCCUAUUUGUCUCUGGAUUGUCAAGCAUGCGUAGAGGUCUAUGGGAAAAGUGCCAAGACUAUCUUCGAAAAAUCAACCGUGAUAUUGCCCAGCUACUGACCCAUUCCCGUUCAAUAGAUCAGGCAUUUCUCCAGUUUUUUGGGGAUGAAUUUCUUCGCUUGCUUCUCACAAGAUUUAUCUUUUGUUCAGCCACCAUGAGGAUGCACAAGAUUUUUCGGGAAACACGAAAUUACCCAGAGUCCUAUCCACAACUGCCAAGGGAUGAAACAGUGGAGAAUCCUCAUCUACAGAAGCAUAUUUUGGAAUUGGCGUCCAUUCUGGAUGUGCGAAAUGUGUUCCUUGAGAACGCCAUAGAUGACUAUUGAAACUCGCAUUCUCUUGUUGAAACAGUUUUUCAUUUGCCACAGAUUAUAAAUGGUGCCGUUUUCUAAUGUGAUGACAGACACAUAGUGGUGUUACUUAGUUUUUAUUUUUUAAUUUAAGACCACCAUUUUAAAAACAAACUGAAAAAAUAUGCUCAAACUUUUAGGAUAACUUUUAAAAAUACAAUAUUUCAGGUCUUUUAAAAAUUAAUCUUGGAAUUUUUAUUUUUUGGUUUUGAGGUAUGGAUUACUUCCAACAUUAAUCCUACACUCAAAAUAAUCACUAUUCUCACCCUGAGAAGAGUAAAUCAUUUAUUUUUGUAUAAAGAGGAAAAUCCAGCUCUUGUACUUGGACCUUAAAUGUGUGGAUUUGGGAAAAAUGUAAUUGUUUGCAAAGAUAACCCUAGACAGCAUGGACUACUAAAAUCAAGAACAGUCUUUCCAUAGUAUUUCUUUUUCAUUCCAAGAGAGUAGACAGAACGUUGUGUGAUUCCUUGAAACAUAAUCAAGACAGUUCUUGAGAUCAUUUUCCUUCAUUUAAACACUGUCAACAUUUCAGAAACUGUACAGAACUCAUUUUGAGAACCUGAAAGCUAAAUCUUUUCAUUGGAGCCUUGAGGUGAUAAAUUUCAUUUGGAGUGUGGGAGUCCUGUGUUAUCAUGAGAUAACGUUGGCAUAUUCUCUUUCUCUGUAGUCUGUGAAUGCUAGAAAUAUGAAAGAACAACUUUUAAGUAUCUCAAUCGAAAAUUCAGAUGGUUGGUUUCAUAUUAUAAUCAAUGUUUCCUAGGAGUUCUGCUGAAACUUUUAGUUCCUGCCAGUAGGCGUCAAGGUGGUCAGGACGGAAGGCCAUGGCGCACAGUGCAGGCUUGGCAUCCUUUUGCCCAGAGGCCAGAGAGGUCAUUCAUUUCAGUUGGGGAUAACAGAUUUGUUAUUUAACCAAAUAUGGAAGUUGCUUUUGCAUUGAAAAUUUCAAAAUAAGGUUUUUUAACUCCUUGUAUUUACUAUUUUAUACUCAUGCAUAAGUUUUUUUUAAUUAUUUUAAAUAGGACUUGAUAUAUAAAAUAUAAAGAUUUUCAUGUCUCCCUCCCUUCCCUGUCCCCCCCCCAUCAUCCCCUUCAUAUUUUACAGGCGUUUAUCUGUGAUUUUUUUUCCUCCCUUUUCUUUUAACUCCACAGCUUUCAAGUUCAAAAAUCGAUGAAUCAAAAUUCCUUCUCCGUAAUUUUUAUAUCGGCUCUUCUCCCUCUCACAGUCCUAGGGGAAAUGAGGUCAUUGCCUUUGGUGCCUCUUUCCUGUGUCCCUAAGGGAAUUUUACUGUAGUAUUUUUAACUCAGUUUUCAUUUCUGGCAUAGAGAGUUAUUUGGGCCUGAGUUAUUCAUCUGCCUAUUCCAAUAUGCUGAUUUUUCAUCUGAAGUCUCAAGGCUGUUGUUUCCUGGGUUUGGGAGACCUUGUGGUGUUUAAAUAUUAAAUUCUUUUUGUCUGCCCUUUUUUAUUAUUUCAGAAAGCUUUGGAAAAUUUACCCUGGAGAGAGAUUUCUCUUGCUAUUGGGUUGAUUUUUCAAUAUCAGAGUCUACCCUUUUUCGGAUAGCUUUUCCUUUAGUGCGGUAGAUCAUCCUUAGUUGCCUGACCUCUUGUUUCAAGUCCACUUCAGUUCUGUGCCAGAAAUGCUCCUAAUAAUAAUAAAAAAACACAUGUAUUUUCCUGCUCUCUGAUGCUUAAAAUAAUAUUUAUCAUCCUGAGCUUUAGACUCACUGGUUUGGCAUAAAGAACAGGGAUCUGAGAACUAGGAGAUCUGAGUUUUGAUCCUGGCUCUCUUGGUAACUAGCUUUAUGCCUGCUGACAGGUGUCUUCAGGUCUCUGCUUUUUAAUUCUCUCAACUGUAAAAGGAAGUUGUUGGCCCAAUUUUUUCCAAUCCUUUGGUUCUAUAAUUUGAACUCUUGAUUCCAAAAGAUAGAGAUUUUUUCCAUUCAUGCCACUUGUAAAACUUGAUUUUAAUGUACACACAAUUCUCUUUUCUGACUGAUUUUCCUAUGCCAAGUUUUUGUUGACGAUAAUAUCUGGAUUCCCAUUUAAUCUUUGAAACUAGAUCAGAGGGAGAAUCUCCCAGACAAAUGAGAACUUUAUGACUAGAAGCAUUCUUGUUCAAGUGCUUGAGAAUUUAGAAAUCACUGCUAGGGUUUAGAUGAUAACAAAGCCACUUAAGCCAGUUGUAGUAUAAUAUCAAAAGUAUUAUAGUUGAAAAUUAUUUGUAGUUAAAAAUCAAAAGUGAACUAAAGUCUUCAGUGAGAGGAUAUAUGAAAUUUCUAAACUGUUGUCUUCUUCAUGCCUUCAAAAAUGUUGCUUAGGAGCUCGAGUGAUAGCACAUCAGGUAGGGUGUUUGCCUUGCAUGAGGCUGACCCAGGUUUGAUUCCCAGCAUCCCAUAUGGCCCCCUGAGCACCACCAGGAAUAAUUCCUGAGUGCAUAAGCCAGGAGUAACCCCUAAGCAUUACCGGGUGUGACCCAAAAAGCAAAAAAAAAAAAUAUAUAUAUAUAUAUAUAUAUAUAUAUUUUUUUUUUUUAAAUAAGUUGCUUAAAAUUCUCAGAUAGUACUGGGGGCCAGAGCGACAGUACAGCAAGUAGGGCACUUGUCUUGCAUGCAGCCAACCUGGAUUUGAUCUCUGGCGCACCCUAUAUGGCCCGCUGAGCCCUGCUCAGGGGAACAACCUCUGACAGAAGAGCCAGGAAUAUGCUCUGGGCACUGCUGGAUGUGGCCCCCAAACAAAAACAAAACAAACUUCUAAAAUAGUACAUAUUUUAUUCUAGAUCUAAUCAAACAGACAUAUAACUCACUGUCUUUAUGAAGUUUGCAUUCUAGCAGGAGACUGGUAAUAAAGAAAAUAAGUAAAUUUAUAGUAGAAAGUUAUAAUUAGCAUGAUGAAAAUUUAGACUACGGCAAGGAAAUCUUGCUUUUGGGUAAAAUGUGAUUUUUAGAUGAAGAUCAGGGUAGGCCUUAUGGAGGCAGAUGACCUUUGUGCUAGUUUUAAAUAUAUACAGGGUCUAAAGUGUCCACUUACACCUAUCACCCAACUUCUAUUUAAUGCAUAAUUUAUUUUAUAAUUAAGGCAUUAAUCAAGGAAGAACCGUUAAAGGACAAUCACUUGAUGGGCUCAUGGUUGCAAUGGCAAGGAAUCCCAUUUUUUUAGUGCAUACCAUCCCUUUAUAAAAAUAUUAAGCCCUAUAUUUAUUUGUUUUUAGAUUCAUAUAAAAAUGAAUAUUGGAAAAGAGCAAAGCAAUGGCACUUCUUUGGUAUCAAAUUGCACAAACUCUCCCCCUGGAGAUUCUGAUAUGGUCUCUGGCUUCCCGUAAGAAUUAUGAUAAUGAAAUGAAAAGUACAACUUCGCAAGAAAUCGCUUGUACCCGAAACAAAACUAAGCACAAUAGUAUUUUCUUUUACCCACUUGUGUGUGAAGUUGGUAAAGCAACUAUCUUCUUAUUUUACAGAAGAGAAAGCUGAGACCAAAUAAAAAUAAUACAGUCUAUUCAUAAUGUUAGAGCGCGAACUAAAGCUUACAUCUUCUAAUCUCAGCCCUGUCUUUCUAGUCGCUCAGGUAGCUUUCUAUAAUGAGCAAGAAGGAAAUAAUUAAAAAUCUAUUUUUUUGGCACAAAAGGCUAUGGUAUUUUUUUAGUAUAUCAAAUAAUGAAACCCAGUGAAGCAGUCUGCCCUGACAGAAUUUUAAUUAUUAAAAAAAAAAUAAUUAAGCAAAUGUUUUGUCUUUGAUUUUUCCCAACAUGUAUUGUUUAUAUAUUUUGUGUUCCUCCUAAGAUGUGGUGCUCUCAAAAAACUUUCAAAGCACAUAAGAAUCUAUUGUAUGCUUUCUAUUUUUACCAAGGUGAAAUGUUUUGAGAUUAUAAAGCAAAGUGCAAUCUAGUCCUGACUAAAUUUUCCUGAUUCAGAUCUGGAUUUCAAUUUUUCCUCACUGUGGCUACUGUCCUUUAUUUUCUUCUUGGCAAUAAAUUCUCUGAAACAUAUUAGGUUAAAUUCUGAGUUAGUUCAGAUUAUUGAACUUUGUUGAGGCAAAGGGAUAAGCAACAAAUCUGAUUUUGUACAGGUAUGGAGCUUUCUUAAGCAUUCUCCUCCAAAUUUCAUCUCUGACCUGUGUGACUUAGUAACUUUUUGUCUCUUAGAAGACAAAAACUCACUUGAAAAAUCUUGUACUUAGUUAAUCCACAGUGACCUGUAAUCAGUCUGAUAUGCAGAGAACAUUCUGGAGUGAAAAUAGAGUAAGUUGCCAAGGUCUGCAAAUUUGGUUUUUGCCACCGAUUCAGAACCACCUCCUACCCCUAAGUGAGUAAAAAGACGUGAUACGAAUAUGAAUCGAAUGAAUGAUAUUUGGAGUAUAUUUGUUCCCGUGUGUUUGGACAGUAUAAGGGAUACUUACAUUGAGGGCUCUUUGUUGACCUUAUUUAUUUGAAAUUCUUAUUUUAUUUGUAAUGGCAUGUGUAUAUUUUUGUGAUGCUAAAUGCAAUCUCUGUAUACUUUUUGUAUAUAUGUACAUAUUUGUAAAUAUAUUGGUAUGCAAUGAUACAGUAUGUGUAUAUUAUAUACCCAUACCCAUUGUGGGCUGAAUUUAUUUAAGUUCUGUGAGGACAUCCUAGUGGCAUUGUUCAUGCUGCUGUAAUUAGGUUGUGGUGCAUCUCAUUCACAAGCCUCUAUUUUGAGGGGCUUGUGUUUGAGUAAAAUGGGCUAAUUUGGAGUUGAAAUUAGGAUAUAAAGAUCUGAACAGAAAGCUGGAUAUUCUUAGCUUUAAAACCAUCUGCCAAUUUCCAUUUGAACUAACGAUAAAUAUAUAAGCCUGAAAAAAGUAUGUGAAACUGAGACACCAGCAGGUUCUUAAGCUAUGUUAGUAGUCCUUUAUUUUCUUGACCCAUAGUUAAGUAUUAUUACUGAAUUAUAAAGUGUUUAUAUUGAGAAUCAAGGGGCUCUGGAAAAAAUUACUUUGAUUUUACAUUUCACAAUAGACAAGAAAAUGUCCUUCUGAAGUAAGGAAAUAGUUCCUAGUUGCCAGUUUUGUACCUAAUAUUAAGUUUUAACUUUGGAACACCUUUUUUCGCUGUAUGUCUCAUUUUGCAUCUGUCUCUGUGAGGCAGAAGGGGGCAUUGCUAAGGGAAAUCUUUACCCAGGUGGGAUGGGAUCGAAUGAGGAAAGAAAUGUUAUUAAUCUGUAUAUUUGCAGCAGCUCGUGGCAUUUCCAAUUCUAGAUUUUUCUUACUGGAAUUACAUAACAAGGAUGAGUUUGCUCAUCUGAGAAAAUGCAUCCAGUGAAUACAAAGCCUCCAAUUGUAUUUCUUUGUCUCUGUGAGACCACUUGUGUUCUGCAAAUUGAUAUAUUUACACAUGAAGUAGGGUUCUUAAUUUUAGGUGCAUGACAUGCUAUGAAAUCUGGCCUUCAAACUUUUCCCAAGGCUGACAGGGUGGGGAAGGAUCAGAGUACAUGAGCAUUAUACAUCUGUAGAUCAUUGGGGUCACAGAAUAUCACGUGAGGUCAAAGAGUCUCACAGCGUGUUGCUCCUGUCUGCACUUGGAAUGAUUAUGUGCAUGAAAGAGUGUAGGAGACAUUGAGAUACCUUGAAUACAUUUACCACCAAAAUCAGGUAGAAUAACUGCAUAAGUAUAACUGCAAAGCAACAUUUUACCCCAGUAUUCUUAAGACGAUUAUAUUUAUCCAGUCACUUACUAUUUUAAAGAGACAAGUUGAAAGAGAUGAGUCAGGAGUCAAUGGUACCACACCCCAAAAUAUAUUUUGCCUUUUCAUUGCAGUCAACCAUUGGUAACAAUUUAAAUUUAAAAUAGUUAUACUAGCAUUUUCAUUAAAUAUUAAAUUGUGGUAGCAUAGUAUAUAUAUAUAUUUUUUUUUCUAAUAAUGAAAUGGGGCUGGAGUGAUUAUACAGUGGGUAAAGGCAUUGCCUUACGUGCAGCCAGCCCAGGUUCAGUCCCUAGCAGCACAUAUGGGUCCCCUGAGCCCCAGCAAGAGUGAUCCAUAACACAACAACAGAAAUAACCCUGAGCACCGCCAGGUGUGACCCAAAAACUGAAAAGUAAAAAAAAAAAUCAUGAAAACAUAGUAUCUCAUCGUGUCUGAUGUUCUGUUUAAGUAACAAUCAUUUAUUGCAACUGGAGUAUAGCUGAGCAAUUGGGGUAUGCUUAUUUGAAAUUCUUGAAGUGGCUCAGGAUCACUGUAGACAUUCAUUUGAGCCAAAUAACAGCAAUAAAAAGUGCAGUAGAUGAGAGUGACUUUGUGACUAUGACCUCCUACUCUUCACGGUUGUCAGCAAGUUACAGUGCAGUAAAGUAAGAUAGGACUUGCUUAGAAAACCAAGCCCUUUCUCUGUUCUCCUUUGCUCUUGUGCAUUAAUACUUCCUAACUAUUCAGCCUGUACUUCCCUGGAUACUGUGACUACUUUUACCUGAACAGUAAAAAAGGGCAAUUCAGCUUCUUGAAACUAAAAUUUCAAAACAUACUGCACUGUCUCCCAGUGUCACUGAUUUUUUUUAAAAAACACAGAUUAUUUAAACUAAAUCCCUUUGUGUUCAAGGAAAAAUAAUUGACUGUGAAAGGGCUCGAUUAUCCAUGAAUGGAGGGGUGCCAGGCUGAUGUUAGGGACCAUGCUCUUAAGUGGGUAAAAUAAUGAAUUAAAUUUAGUGUACUAAAUUGUAUUAAAUUUGAUACCUUAGAAAUAUUUCCUUUAAAGUUCUAUAGAUAAGUUUUCUUAAGCAAAAGUUAGACUUUUUCACUUGCUGUAGUACUGAUUUUUGAGAAUUACAUUUCUGCAUCUGCAUAACAUUGUUACUUAAUCACUGAUGCACCAUCUUUAAUUUGUAAACAUUUUUGUUUUUAAAGAUUAUUUUUCAAAUUACCUGUCAAAUUAAGCAGUGUGAUUUUAAUCAUAUUUGAACAAUUUUUAAAAAGAUUGUUUGAAAUACAUAAAAUAAUUCUGUACUGCAGAUUCAUUUAGUCAAACCUGAACUUGGUCACAGAACAGACUAUAAAUUGGGAAUAUUUCCAUAUUUUAUUGGACAAUUCCAGUCUAUAGAUAUCCUAAGACAAUCAUAUUUUUAGGUGUAAGAUAUUGGUAAUUUCAGGGUUUGGGUUUUUACUUUUCUGAUAGCCUUCUGAAAUGAAAAAUAAUAGACUGAUAUUAUCACUUUCAGAAAAAGGGAAUGAUAGCUAGCCUUCCUAAGGUCUACAGCAAAUAAUUGAAAUUGCAAGUUAUAUAAUCAGUAUUUUCUUUUGAGGUUGUCAUGAUCAUCUAGUUAUGACUAAAAAUUAACAUUUGUAAAGUUACAGUUUGAUCCAUAAGUAUUUUCAAACCAUAGAAAAAUGAAGAGAAUAUUUCUAUCUUCUUUCACAUAUUACUGUUUUUUUUAAUCAAUUGUAAGUAUGUAUUGUGAUGGUUAAAAAUCUACAGGAAAAAGUUCUUAAGAUGUGUAAGGUAAUAAGAAUUUUUAUUAUUUUUCCUGAAGUCUUUCAUUUUUAACUCAUUUAUUCUAUUUUGAAAGAACUUUUAGUGGUUCAGUAAGAUAUUUUAGCACUUUGUGUUUAUGACUUUUUCAUAGUUACCUGAAGACAUUCCUUUUGUCCUGUUGGCCAGCCCUAGACCUGGUCCUUUAUCCUCUAGAUUGGUUUGGUUUUAUAGUGCUGGAAAUCAAACCCAGAGUCUCACUCACGAGAGGCCUGUGCUCUAAAGAUGGGCCACAUUCCUGGUUUCUUCAUUUUUUAAUAAACCGUGACAUUCAACAGCCAGAUAGUUGUAUUUGGGGGCUUCUUCCAGUUGAGGUAGAAAGGUCUUAGAUAAUAGAAGAGGCAGAUACAAUGUCCUAAUAUUUUCAUAGUAGAACUUACAAGUGAAGGAAGUUAUCUACAUAGGUUUUCUUCUUUGUGUAGCACCAGUAUACAUAGUGGUUUCAAUUAAAUCAGAUGAAGCAGUUAUAAAUCAUUUAUUUUGCUCUAAGGAUUAUUUAUCAUUUCAAGCCAGAUUAUUUUCUAUGAGUAGUUUCCAUUGUAAGGUUGGAUAGCUUUUAUUCAUUCAAAUCAUUACUAACAGUUAAGAUAAUCAAAUAGGAGUUAGAGUAAGUUUGACUUUUUCCCUGAAAAUAAUGGUGAACCUAUUGUCUAUAUUAUGGAUAUUAGGCAGAAAUGCACUUGUUUCAAUCAUAGCAAAAAUUACAUUUGGAGAUUUUAAUUACUUGAGUUUCUCGUGAUGUGAAAUACUUUUUAAAAAUUGUGCUUGUCUGUAACUGAAAUGUUAUAGAAUUGUAAUACUAUAGGGAUUAUAGAGUUAUAUCUAUUAGCUCUCCUCAAGAGAUUGAAGCACAAUAAUUUUCAUGUGACAGUUCUUAUCCAAGUGCUGCUAACCUGUCGUGCAAAUAAUGAAGCUAUUUGGUUGCCUAUCUAGCUACUCACAAAUCACUGUAAUCCUUGAAACAUAGUCUUGUUGAUCAUUUGUGUUAAAUUUCGGGUAUUUUGGGUUAAUACUAGAACAGAACCCAUCAACCCUGUGAGACAGCAAACCAUUUGGAUUCAUUAGUUUUGUAUAUGUUAUCAGUAGAAUAAAUCUUGAAGGGGCUAUUUACUACCAAUGACUAAGGGGGAAAAUUAUAUCGUCAUUAUGAUUUGGCUUGAACAUUUGUGGUAUUGUACAAGUCUCGUCUGUUGUGUUUCUAAAUUGCUGAAGCCAUAGUCUUAAGGAUGUUUUCUUGUUUUGUUCCUUUUUUCAGCAGCCUUCUCCUGCUUUGUUAUGGUUCUUUAGAUUUUAGAAAUUGAGAAAUUACUGAAACAUUUUCUCUUGAGUUCGUCAUUUCUGACUUUUGUAUGUGAUUUGUCCUAAAGGAUAGCAAGCUUUCCACUACUUCACUUAAAUGAACUUAAGAGUAAACACUGUGAUUCUGCAGAGAUCAAUAGGCCCUUGUCUUUCCAAUGUUUUCUUCUGUUACACGGUACUACCACCUUGAGGGCGCUUAAUACUAGAGGAGGACAGUUAAGCGUUGUUUUGGUGUUUAUUAAAUUACAUGGUUACAGAACAUUUGAUUUUUGUUGUCAGUGUAUCGAAGACAUCUUUGCAUUGUUCUCUAGGAAUGUGACUACAUCCAUCAGGUGUGAACUCUUGUAAAUGAAUUUUGUAUCUUGAAUCCACGUAUAUAUUAAGUGUAUCACCAAUAUAAAAUAAACAUUAUUUGCUUAAAAUUUUUGAUAA